CGUACUGCAGAUCUCUAUCGAUUUUUAUUUAGAAAACUGGUGGCCGUUUGAUCCAAGUUUUGUCGGGUGUUCGUUCUAGUUGUGAUCGUAUUUAAACGAUAGUUUGAAUGGGAUUAUUUUAUAAAACUCAAGUUUCCAGUGGUUUGUGAUAUUAAGAUCGGAUUAAAAUGACAAAGGAUAGAUUAGCAGCUCUUGUUGCGGCUCAAAGCGACGAUGAUGAUGUGGGCCCCGAUGAUGUUGCCGUCAACGUUGAAGGCAGGGACGGCUUCAUGGACGCGUUUUUCGGAGAGGUUGAAGAGAUACGGGACAUGAUAGAAAAGAUACAGGCCAAUGUAGAAGAGGUUAAGAAAAAACACAGUUCCAUACUUUCAGCACCGCAGAGUGAUGAAAAAACGAAACAGGAGUUGGAAGACCUAAUGGCCGAUAUCAAGAAAACUGCCAAUAAAGUUCGUGCCAAGCUAAAGGUUAUAGAACAAAAUAUAGAAACGGAAGAACAAAAAAAUAAAUCGUCGGCGGAUCUGAGGAUACGAAAAACCCAACAUUCGACGUUAUCCAGAAAAUUCGUAGAAGUUAUGACUGAAUAUAACCGAACUCAAACAGAUUACAGAGAAAGGUGUAAAGGAAGAAUACAAAGGCAGUUAGAAAUUACCGGUAGGCAAACAACCAACGAGGAAUUAGAAGAAAUGUUAGAACAAGGAAAUCCGGCGGUUUUCACCCAAGGUAUCAUAAUGGAAACGCAACAAGCGAAACAGACAUUAGCCGAUAUCGAAGCGAGGCACGCCGAUAUCAUCAAGUUAGAAAAUUCAAUUAGAGAAUUGCACGAUAUGUUUAUGGAUAUGGCGAUGUUGGUAGAGAAUCAGGGUGAACUCGUCGAUAGAGUGGAAUAUCACGUAGAGAAUGCUCAAACUCACGUACAACAAGGUCGCACCGAAUUGAUACAAGCCGAAGGAUAUCAAACCAAAGCCAGAAAGAAAAAGAUCUUCAUCAUAAUCUGCCUCGUAGUAGCUCUCAUCAUUCUAAUAAUAAUAUUAUCUGUUGUAUUGAAAUGAACAUUGUUUAUAAUGGGAUAACAAAAAAAAAAAAAAUUGGUGUGCCCUUUCCUAUUUUUUUUUUGGAAUUACGGACGUUAUUAUUUUGUUUUAACCGCCGCCCGGUAGAUGUCGCCCGUACCAUCCUGUUCGUUUUAUUUUAUUUAUCCAAUUCAGAGAUUUAUAUAUAUAUAUAUAUAUAUAUAUAUAUAUAUAUAUAUAUAUAUAUAUAUAUAUUAUAGUGUUUGUAAAAAAAAAUUACGCCGAUAUUUCGAAAACCGCUUUUUUAGGCCAGUAAAUCGCAACAAUAUAGAAAAAUUCAAAUCCAUCGACUGGUCUAUUUUUGUAAAACCGAAAAAAUUAAAUGCGAGUUUGUUUGAAAAUAUCACAUUAGGAUCUUUCUGUGAGAAUAAUAUUUAAAAAUAUAAAUUUAAGCAAUAAAAUUGUUCAGCAUCCUGAAAAAUACGAUUUUUUUUUUUGAUAAUCGAUCGUACUUUUCGUUUUAUCGAAACGAUGUAUAAUAUAGCAAUUUAAUAAUUAAAAAAUAAAAACAAACGUAUAGCAUUUCAGAAGAAACAUUUUUAUAUAUCACCCUGUAUAUUCCAAUUAAAACUAAUUUAAUCGAAAAAAAAAAAAAAAAUUCAAUCCACAUUUAAUAAUAAAAUAAAAUUCAUUUGUUUAAAAAGUUAUUCAAAAAUAUAUAUCGCGCCGUUAUACUAUAAAUAUAUAUAUACAGGUUGUCCCAGAUAAAAUUAUCAAUUUCGCUCUCAUUUUGUUUUUUGAGGUUAUCCGAUACUUGUCGCUACAGUUUCCAUCCUUUUUUCAUAUUUUUCCGUGGGAAACACUCUCCGUUAUUUUCGUUUUCCCUCUCGACGUCGAUUCGGAUCACCAUUUCUAAUUCCAAGCUUUCGAAAAGUGUCGGUGAUAUGUCCGAUAUGAACGUUUCGGUAAACAACUUAUCGUCUUCAGAGACUGUUUAAUUUCAGUAUCCGAAGAUGAUAAAAGUGUGUUCGGUAAGUUCUUGACAUCCCGGUCCGUGUCAUGCACGAAUGUAUACGGUGUAAUAGGUCACUGAGAUUAUAAAAUGUACGAUAAAAAAUAUGGAAAAUUUUCCGGCUCUAACCUCCUAUUUCUUUAUAUUUUUUGCAUAUUACCCGUUAAAAAAAAAUAAAUAUACAUGAUAAUGAACGAAUUUUAUUGAAUUACUAUUUUUCCUUAUAAAAAUUAAUUGAAUAUUAUUAUUUGGGACGACCCGUAUACGUAUAUAGAUUGUUGUUAAAUAUAUAAUUAAAUAGCAGGGGUAUUUAUAAUUAAAUGGUACGUACUAAAAAUAUUUUUUUGAUUUUUCUCUAAAAAUCUGUAGCGAAUUUUUCCUUUUCGACCCGACAUUUUCUUCUUUCAUCAGAGCUUUUCUUAUACUCUACAUUUGAUUCUAAUAUUUUCCAUAGUUUUCUAAAUAUUUCAAUUCUUAUUUACAGUUUUGAAUAAUUGAGGUUAUGAGUACAGGAAAAGUUCUAACUCAUUAUCGAUUAAUAAUAUUUUAUUAUUAUUCAUUUUUUUUCUAAUUCUAUUAUUGUAUAUUAUAAGUAUAUGUGCAAUAUUCCGAUACUACAUGUAUAAACAUAUAUAUAUGAAAUUUUUGAAAAAAAAACAAACCUGCUACAAUACAAGAGGUAUUUUUAUUAACCAGAAAUAGUUAUUAUUAUGAACACACUGUUUCGCACCAACACUGCCUGAUAUGAACGUUUCGAUAACCGAUUUACCGUCUUCAAAUACUGAAAGUUUAUCUUUAAUCCCCGAAGACGGUAACCUGGUUAUCGAAACGUACGUAUCAGGCAGUAUAAUUAUGUUAAAUUAUUGUUUAUAAAUAAAUUGAAACAAUGAUUAUAUAUAAACACACGUUUUUUUAACGAAUCUAGCCCCCUAUUAUCAUUUAUUAAAACAUAUAUGCUAUUUUCAAUUUAAUUACAAUAAAAUAUUUUUCGUUUUUGUACAUUUUGUUCUCCUAUGAGAUUUAAGUAAUUUUUAUACUUCGAACUACACAUUUUACAUAAAUAUAUCAAAAUGAAAUAAUUUUUCAAAAAUAUCCUAAAUGCAAAAUGUAGUAAUGAAUAUUUAAAAUAAACAAAUCACCAAAUAUUAUAUAUUAUUUUUGGUUAUUACAACUUUUAAUAUAUUUGCUUCGACUAGUUGAUUAUUUUAGCCGAAAUUAGUCUAUUUUAUUUUAUUAAAAUGUAGUUUAGUGUUAAAUUUAACAAUUACGUCAAUUUCAAGUAUGAAAUGUAAACUAUAAACAAAUUAUAAUCCAAAAUCAAUCUUUAAAAAUAUCAUGCGGUUCGAAUAAUUAUUAAUUUAAUUUAAAAUCUGUUUUAUUAAGGGACUAGUAUCGGUUAUAAUUUUCAUAGAGUCUUUUUACCCUUAUAACCGGUACUAGUCCCCUGAAACAAUUUUUUUUUUUUCGUUAAUGUUAAAUACAAUGAAAAAAAAACAGUAUUAAAUUUAAAUAGUAUUUUUAAACUUAGGGUUUUAUUAUAAAAUCAAUUUUUGUUAUGUUGAAAUAACAACUUGAAAUUGACUCGGAACUUCUGCAAGAAUUUAAUGUUAAUGUAAAAAAUGAAACAACGAAGACCGAAAUAUAACUAUUAGCCCAGGCGGUGGAGGAAAUUUUUCAUCAAAAAAAAACAAGUUAUAAGCAAAAAAAUUGAUUUUUGUCUUCUUCUAACUUCAUCACAAACUGUUCUUAUAUCAAUUAGACUAUUUUUAAGCCAUUUUUGCUUAAAACUUGUACAUACGGCAACAGGGCUAAAUAUUUUUUUCAUGUUUGCCAUAAAAACAAAACGUUAACUUCUUGUGGAAAUAUAUCCGCAAUCAAUCGACCAUCUUAAGUAUGUGGGCAUCGUCACAACAAGGUAAAUUAUUUGUUAAUACUCAAUAAUUUUUUUGUUUAUUUUUGUUAUCAUUUCCCCCUAUAAGUGGUAAAUAAGUGAAAUUACAACAGAUUCCUAUAAAUAUUUUAUUGGAUGGGACGCUUUAAGCUUUUUUUUGCUUUAUUUUCAACUAAUUUUUAAUAUUUUGAUCUUCACUCAUUAAUAAGAUUACAUAAAAUGUUAAACUCUGAAUACCAAUAUUCACGAAACUAUGAAUACCAACGAAAUUAUUUCUCUUAUCGCAAUUUCAACAAUCAGAAACAUACUAAAAUUAAAAAUAUAAAAAUCACCCAAUCUCAAAAAUAAUAUUAUUUGAUUUAUUUUUCAAAUUGAAAAGUUUCACGAAUAUUGGUAAUCUUUUCAAAAGAUAUUCCGUAAAUUUUAGACAAACUAUUUUUUUUUCAGUUAUAGACUGUGUUCUAUAUACAUUUUUUGUAAUAUAAUCCUAUAACAAUACCAAAGAAAAAAAAUGGAAUUGUUUUGUAUAUAUUUGCAAACUAUUUACAUGUGUCUAUUUUAUUUAUAAUAUUCUUUGAAUUUUAUCAUUAUUAUUAUUAU